ACGUCACAUCCCAUCACGAUCACGUGACGUUUUGUUGACGGUAGAAGAAGGAGGAAGAUGGCGGCCCGCUGGAGCAGUGAGAAUGUGGUGGUGGAGUUUCGGGAUGCUCAGGCCACCGCCAUGUCAGUGGACUGCCUGGGCUCGCACGCCGUGCUUUCCGGGCGGCGUUUCCUGUACAUGGUGAACCUGGAGGCUCCGUCCGAACCUCCGAGGAAGAUCGGCCGACAGAGUAAGUGGGACGUUGGGACGGUCCAGUGGAACCCGCACCGGUCUGAGUCCCACGUCUUCGCUGCCUCGAGUAACCAGCGUGUGGAUCUGUACUCGUGGAGGGACGGCUGUGGAGAAGUUCACACCUCUCUGCAGGGACACACCAGAGUCAUCAGUGAUCUGGACUGGUCCUGGUUUGAACCGGAGUUCCUGGUCACCAGCUCAGUGGACACAUACAUCUACAUCUGGGACACCAGAGACACCCGUAAACCGACGGUGGCGCUGUCCGCUGUGGCCGGGGCGUCUCAGGUGAAGUGGAACAGGAAGAACCAGUACCUGCUGGCGUCCAGUCACGACGGGGACGUGCGAAUCUGGGAUAAAAGAAAGCCGAACACAGCGGCGGAGUACGUGGCGGCUCACCUGUCGAAGAUCCACGGCCUUGACUGGCAUCCAGACAACGAGUUCAUCCUCGCCACGUCGAGCCAGGACAACUCAGUGAGGUUUUGGGAUUACCGACAGCCCAGGAAGUACCUGAACAUCCUGUCCUGUCAGGUGCCGGUGUGGAAGGCCAGGUACACGCCGUUCUCUAACGGUCUGGUCACAGUGAUGGUUCCUCAGCUGAGGAGGGAGAACAGUCUGUUACUGUGGAGCACGCUCGACCUCAACAGUCCCGUCCACGCCUUCGUCGGACACGAUGACGUAGUGCUCGAGUUCCAGUGGAGGCCGCAGAAAGAAGGCUCUAAGGACUACCAGCUGGUCACGUGGUCCAGAGACCAGACUCUGAGGAUUUGGAGGGUGGAUCCUCAGCUACAGAAGCUGUGUGUCAGUGACGGGGUGGAGGACCUGAUGGAGGGGAUGUCUCUCACCGUGGAGUCGGAGAAGUCUCUGUCGUCUCAGGGGCCCGACAGUCAGCACGGCGUCGGUCCGGCUGCAGAAAACCUGCAGGACCAGGACUCUGGAGGUCGUCAGGACCCGGCGGUGGGUUCAGGUCUCCCUCAGACUCUGCAGCAGGAGUUCUCUCUGGUCAACCUACAGAUCAGAAACGUCAACGUGGAGAUGGACGCGGUGAACCGCAGCUGCGUGGUGUCGGCUCACUUCGGCAGCCAUCAGGUUCACCUGGUGGUGAAGUUUCCCGCCCAGUAUCCCAACAACGCCGCGCCCACCUUCCAGUUCGUCUCCCCGACGACCAUCCCCUCCGCCAUGAAGACCAAGAUCCAGAAGAUUCUGACCGACACGUCUCUUCAGAAGGUGAAGAGGAACCAGAACUGUCUGGAGCCGUGUGUCCGGCAGCUGGUUUCCUGUCUGGAGUCCGACAUGACGCAGGAGGACGGUCCGCCCUCCGGUCCCUUCGUCCUGUCCAACCCCGUCACUCCGGCCCUGCAGGCGUUUCCUCGAGUCACCAACACGUACGGCUCCUACCAGGACGCCAACAUCCCGUUCCCUCGGACCUCCGGAGCCCGUUUCUGUGGCACCGGCUGUCUGGUUUACUUCACCCGACCAAUCACCAUGCACCGCUCUGCCCCGCCCACCGAGCCCACUCCCAGGUCGCUGUCCGCUCUGUCGGCCUAUCACAGCGGAGUGCUGACUCCGAUGAAGAUGCGUUCAGAGUCUCAGAGCACUCUGCGGUUGUACAGCGGCAGCCCGACUCGCUCCGACAAAGACACUGUCUCCAUCUCGUCCUUCUACUACAAAGAGAGGAAGCUCCCAAUCUCUGCCUCUCGCCGCUGGUCUGUCCAAACCCUCCAUGAUUGGCCGAAAUCCCGUCGGUUUAAGACGAAGCGAGAGGGAACGGACUACGGCAACCGUCCCAUCAAACUGGCCGGGAAGGUGAUCAUCCAGGAGAUCUCGUGCCUGCUGCCCGUCCACAAAGCUCUGGGAGAGAGCUACAUUUUGAACAUGAACGACAUUCAGGAAACGUGUCAGAAGAACGCGGCGGCGGCGCUCGCAGUCGGACGCAGAGACGUGGCGAAGGUGUGGGCUCUGGCUUCUGCAGCCACCAGUCAGGACCUGAGUCCAGACUCGGACCCGGACACAGAGACCCCCUGGGCCAGACACCCGUUUGGACGCCACCUGCUGGAGACUCUUGUGGAUCACUACAGUCACAUGAGCGACGUCCAGACUCUGGCUAUGCUGUGCAGCGUGUUCAGAGCUCAGGCUCCGCCCCCCCCAGACUGCUACUCUCUGUACGGACAUCACCCGCCACGCUCCUCCGUGUUCCCGCCGCACCACUACCGAUACCCCAGCUACACGUCGAGCUCCGUCACCUCGGGCUCGUGCUCCAGCACCUCCGACU